GAUAAAGGUGCAACUACGACGAAUAGACAUUUUGUAAAUUAUUGAAAAACCGGGUGAAUUUCCCGGUAUUUGUGUCCAAGUUUGUGAAAUACGAUUAUGUAGACUUCGUUUUUGCAUGUGUACAACUUAUGAUAGUUUUCGUUGAGAAAAUUACAUUAAAUUUACACGAAACUACAGCACAGUGCACACCAUGGGCCUUUCCUUGUAUUUGGUUUGCGCAUAUAUCCUAUUGACACCUAUUAGUGCUUUUUAUUUACCAGGAUUAGCGCCUGUGAACUACUGCAAAGCCGGCGAGGAUAAUGGGAAAUCAUGUAAAAAUGAGAUACCGCUCUACGUUAACAGACUUAACACAGAAGAAUCAGUUAUACCUUUUGAAUAUCAUCACUUUGACUUCUGCCUCUCUGAUGAGACUCAGUCGCCAGUUGAAAACCUUGGUCAAGUAGUAUUUGGAGAGAGGAUCAGACCAAGUCCAUAUAAACUGAGUUUUCUACACAAUGAGAAUUGUAAAGAACUAUGCACAAAGACCUAUAGAGCAUCUGAUCCAGAAUCUAUUAAGAAGUUGAACCUCCUCAAGAUGGGAAUGGCUCUUUAUUACCAACACCAUUGGAUUUUGGAUAACAUGCCAGUGACUUGGUGUUAUUUAGUAAAUGAGGGAGGAAAAACAUACUGCAGCACUGGUUUCCCUAUGGGUUGCCAAGUUAGGAAAGAUUUGGAUACUUGCACACCGAUAGUUAAUGCAGCAUCGAGUGCGUUUGGCACAUACUUUCUGUUCAACCAUGUGGAUUUGGAGAUCACGUACCACAGUGGAAGGGAGGAGGAAUGGGAUGUUGGUGUUGGGGACAAUGGUGGACGAAUUAUAUCUGCUAAGAUUAAGCCGGCCAGUAUCAAACACCAAAGCGUUGAUAGCCUUGAUUGCAACGCGAGAAACAAUCCUCUAAUCAUACCAACCUCUCUGUCCGGAAAAGAGGAUUUCACUGUUAUAUAUUCUUACCGUGUCACAUAUAUCAAGAAUAACACUAUCAAAUGGUCGUCGAGAUGGGACUACAUCCUGGAAUCUAUGCCGCAGACCAACAUACAAUGGUUCUCUAUAUUGAACUCGUUGGUCAUUGUGCUUUUCCUUAGUGGCAUGGUCGCGAUGAUUUUGUUGAGGACUCUGCACAAGGAUAUUGCAAGAUACAAUCAAAUGGAGUGUGGUGAAGAUGCACAGGAGGAGUUUGGUUGGAAACUCGUCCACGGAGACGUCUUCAGGCCACCGCGACGAGGCAUGCUACUGGCAGUGUUCCUUGGUUCAGGGUCACAAGUAUUCGGCAUGACGCUGGUAACCCUCGCGUUCGCCUGUCUCGGCUUCUUGUCCCCGGCGAACCGCGGAGCCCUGAUGACUUGCGCGCUAGUCGCGUGGGUGUUACUCGGCGCCGCUGCUGGUUACGUCAGUGCGCGAGUCUACAAGAGCUUCGGCGGGCGACGGUGGAAGAGCAACAUACUUCUCACGUCCAUGGUGUGCCCAGGCGUGGUGUUUUCGCUGUUCUUCAUAAUGAACCUGGUGCUGUGGGGCAAGGGCUCUUCAGCAGCUGUACCGUUCUCCACGCUGGUCGCAUUGCUCGCCCUCUGGUUCGGAGUGUCGGUACCUCUCACCUUCAUCGGCGCUUACUUCGGAUUUAGGAAACGGAUUCUGGAGCACCCGGUGCGAACGAACCAAAUCCCGCGGCAGAUCCCCGAACAGUCGCUGUACACGCAACCUGUACCCGGCAUAGUGAUGGGAGGCGUUCUGCCUUUUGGCUGCAUUUUCAUUCAACUCUUCUUCAUUCUCAACUCGCUCUGGUCCAGUCAGAUGUACUACAUGUUCGGUUUCCUGUUCCUCGUGUUCGUGAUCCUUGUCAUCACCUGCUCCGAGACCACUAUACUGCUUUGCUACUUCCACCUCUGCGCCGAAGACUACCACUGGUGGUGGCGGGCCUUCCUCAGCUCUGGCUCCACAGCUGGGUACCUCUUCCUGUACUGCUGUCACUACUUCGUGACCAAGCUGAACAUUGACGACGCCGCCUCGACCUUCCUCUACUUCGGCUACACCGUCAUCAUGGUGUUCCUGUUCUUCCUACUCACAGGCACCAUAGGAUUCAUGGCUUGCUUCUGGUUUGUUAGGAAAAUAUAUAGUGUGGUUAAAGUUGAUUAGUUUAGUUUUUAGUUUAGCGUAAGGAACAUUGCGUUGGUACAGCGGAUUGUGUGGUGAGGUCGAAGAUAGAAUGUCUUAAGUUUUUUUAAACUUUGCUGUAUAAUAAUUUCACAGACUAAAAAAAAAUGAUAAACGCUUAAGCUGAACGCAUCUUGAAUAUCGGCAGAAUGUUGAAUUAUCCUGUACUGAAAAUACAAUUGACGUCAUUAGCACGCGACAACAGUAUUUGUCUGUCAUGAAAAAUCCAAAAUGGCGGAUAGUAUAUAAAAAGUAAAGUAUCGAGUUUGAUAUCAAAAUAACUACGUUUAAGAAAAAUUAUAUAAUUUGUAACAUUUCCGUACCCAGUGAGUUGAUACUUGUAUGAAAAUGUUCUAUCUUUUUAGUUUAGUCUGUGAUUUGUUCUACGCCGUACCUUUGGUAUGUUACAGGAUGGUUAAUUAAGAUUUUUACUUUAACUGAGAAAAAAAAGCUCUCGGAAAGACAACAUGUUUAGAGUUCUGUUCCAUUUUUUUUUUUCGUUUGUCAAACACCCAGAUUCUUAAUUUUAUACGGGAACUUUUUGCAAUAGUGUUUUGGAAGUGAAACUUUUUAGUAGCAAAAUAGACUAAAGUAGAAAGAAAGGAUAAUUAUUUGGGAUUUAAAAAUCAGUUUGAUUAUGAGAUUUUGAUCGAAAACGCUGAAACAAUUUGUAGAGGCAAGUAUAUAAACUGUUUCGACCCAACCUGACCUUGACUGGAAAAAUCUGCAGAGGACAGUAUAUAAGCUGUGUUGACCCAACCUGAUCUUGACUGGAACAAUUUGUAGAGGCCAGUUUAUAAGCUGUUUCGACCUUGUUUGACUUAAUAAAUCAAGGAACCGAUACUCCAAAAAGUCUCACUUCUAUUUCAUGUAGCCCCUUAAGUGAAGGCCAGUUCAAAUCAGCAAACCUACGCCCGCGGUUGCGUAAAAAUAUGCGUCCGGUGUGCAUAAUCGCGGCACUAGCUAAACUACGACCUUAUAUAAUAUUGACAAACUUCUCUUUCGACGUUAUUUUCGAGCGAGAAGGAAGGAGUCUGUUUCCUUUUCUCUCGCUCGCAAAUAACACCAAAGAUUGUGAAGGUUAAUUACCUCUUUUCGUUUAUUAUAGGACUGAUAAUAGCCAACGAAAAGUAAUAAUUUAUGUUAUUAAACCUUGAUGUUAUUUGCGUGCUAGAUAAAAGGACAUUAUCUGUUUUCGUUUCUCGGAAAUGUCAAAAUUUCUUAACGUUGCUUAUCUCUAUCCGUUGACCAUUGUUCAGUCAUGGAAUUUAUAUUUGUACACGACAGCGAGCGCAGGUUUAACUUUUAGGUUCAGCCUUCCCUUUAGACACUCACCCAAUUUUUUUCUUUUGUGAUGAAUUUUUUUUUUUCUAUAUAGCACGUAUAGAAAUAAAUAUUAUAUAUUUAAUUUACCGUGAUAACUGUUAAGACACGAGUGGUAAACAGUGCAGUACUCGAUUUUAGGUACAAUUUUUGGGGUGCAGCAAUCGGUUCGAAUCCCGCGCAGUUAGGACUAGCGCGCACUGCGGUUUUUUUCAGCAAGACAACGUGUCGCGAAUGAAAAUCGUAAUUUGCGCUUAGCUGCUUACGACCCUUGUGCCAGGCACUAUUAUUAUAUUUUCUAAAUGUUUACCUAUUUAUCACCAUUGUGAAUAUAAGGAUUGAGAGACUGCUGUACACAAUAUGGUUGAAUGUAUAAACAAAAAUUAUCGCAAAUAAAUUGAUAGUCAUACAAACGAUUUGAUGUCCAUUUAUUUUAGUUUUAGGAUCUAAGUUGUUUAUUAUCUCAGCGGGAAUUUUUUGAUAUGCAUUUAUUUCGAACUAAUGAUCUGUAACCAUUAGAAGCAAUCCGAAGCUUUAUCCAAACUAAUAAUAAAGCUGUAGUUUAUUUUUUGCUUGCUUGUGGUGUCACUUGCAAACAAUAAGAUUUGAAAAAUAUAUUUUGGUAUCAUUCUUGAGGAAGGUUAUUAAUGCGCAAUCAUCACGGUACAUUUUGGAGCAAAGCAAACAAAGUAAAGGCACGGUUGAGCGAUUUAAAAUAGUGGGUCAGGGACUAUUGUGUAGAAUAUUUGUAUAAUUUUUGUUGUUUUAGUCAUGUUGAUUAAAAUCAACGACAUUGUAUUGGCAUUGAUAUAAUAAGAGUAGAGUUUAAAGAGUAUUAUUUUAAUUUGAUGGAUGUCUUAAGUAUAUAUAAAAUAUAAUAAAAUAUUAUUCUGCUUUAUGCUAUGUUAGUAAGGAUUUUUUAGAUAAUUUUUUUUUCAUCAAGCAAAAAUUUGAAAAGAUUCAAUUAUCUGGAAAACUUCAUACUUUAUAUAGCGUUCUCCCGUUGAGAUAUUAUAAUUAGCAUCAUGGAAGUUGAAACUAUGCAGUAGUUGAUUUCAAGCGAUCUAGCGGACCAAGUACAGAAGGCCGGU